AUGGAGAACUACCAGAAGAUGGAGAAGGUGGGCGAAGGCACAUACGGUGUCGUCUACAAAGCGCGUGAUCUGAGCACUCCUGAUCAACGUAUCGUCGCACUCAAAAAGAUCCGUCUCGAAGCCGAAGAUGAAGGCGUGCCGUCGACCGCCAUCCGAGAGAUCAGCCUGCUCAAGGAGAUGCAGGACCCCAAUGUCUUGCGCCUGUUGAAUAUUGUUCACGCCGACGGACACAAAUUAUACCUCGUCUUUGAGUUUAUGGACGUCGAUCUCAAGAAAUACAUGGAGGCACUGCCAGUCAACCAGGGUGGACGCGGUAAGCCACUACCAGAGGGUGUUUUGGAAGGCAAGGGUCACUUGGGCCUCGGCGAGGCCGUGGUCAAAAAGUUCACGCUGCAACUCCUACAGGGCAUCCGCUACUGCCAUUCACACCGCGUCCUUCACCGAGAUCUCAAACCACAAAAUCUGCUCAUUGACCGCGACGGCAACCUCAAAAUCGGUGACUUCGGUCUCGCACGAGCAUUCGGCGUUCCCCUCCGCACCUACACCCACGAAGUCGUCACUCUAUGGUACCGCGCACCCGAAAUCCUGCUCGGCGGGCGGCAAUACAGCACGGGCGUGGACAUGUGGAGUGUGGGCUGCAUCUUUGCGGAGAUGGCGACGCGCAAGCCGCUGUUCCCAGGCGACUCGGAGAUCGACGAGAUCUUCAAGAUCUUCAAGCUGCUGGGCACCCCGACAGAGCAGGAAUGGCCUGGCGUGACAUCGUUCCCGGACUUCAAGCCCUCGUUUCCCAAAUGGGAGCGGAAAGAGAAUGACGAGCUGAUCAGCAUGGACGGAGUCGUGAUCUUGGGCGAUGAGGGACUCAACCUGCUUGACGCUCUGCUCGUGUAUGACCCUGCGGGUCGCAUGAGCGCCAAGCAAGCGGUGAAUCACGCGUACUUCCAAGAUGCUGCGAGUAUAGCCCUGAACAACAAGAUGUACGGAAACAGCAGCGGCGGCGGUGGCGGCCGGUAUAAUGGAUAUCACUGAGCGCAAAAUGAUUUGACGCAGUGAUGAGCGAUUGGAGAGCAUUGUCACGAGUAUCAUUGUGAAUCGGUGUGCAGAAGCAAACUCUCCCACGUUGAUCACCACAUAUGUUUCUCGAUCAUGAGCAUUGGGAUAAUGAACAUUCUUCUUUCUCUGCGCCAGGUGUGUAGAGACAAUGGCCCGGCGAACUUGACCACACAAGAGGAUAUGAGUUGGGCAGAGAAGGCCAGGCUGUUCAAAGCUACACGGGUUCGGCGUUCUCAUUUUGGCAAAUUUCACUUCAAAAGUACUCUUCGAAAGAGUAGACCUUUUCGUUUGAUCAAAAUUCAAUUGACAUCUUUGAAGUCCGUACCUUUCUCCUGUUAUGUCAGGGCGCGAAGUCGAUUGCACAGGAUGUAUCUUUUACUCGAUUCUGAGCUGUCGACAACGACAGCA